CUCCGUGAAGUGCGCGAUCGUGCCUUCUGGAUAACUGGUGCGAUCUUUACAAUUUCAAAUAAUAUUUAUCACAAGUUUCCUAAUAGUGCCGUGUGUUUUGGUAGUUUAGUGUUGUUUUUCGAAGGACUCCUGCAACUACCGGCGUUAAAGUCUCCAGUUUCUUGUCCCUAUACUGGCAGAGCGUGGCCAAGGGAACAUCAAGCCGUAGUACUAGUUGUGCCGGAAGAGUCUACACCGGAAGUAUAAUUCAGAAAUGUACAAAAUGUGGCUGCUGGUCCUGGCGAUGACGCUCGCAGUUGAAGCAUUUCCAAGGAGAUUCAGAAGAGAAACGGAAACUCCUGAAGAGCCCAAGAAAUCCUCAGAUCACAGAAGGGGCAAAGCCCUUGGCUACUACCAGCCCUCAUAUAUGAACAACCCCGUCAUGUUCGACCCCUCAGGGCUUCUCCAGUACGAGGAUGCCCUUGCAGCCGCUCUCGCUUCAGCCACCUACUCAGAAGGAGGGGAAAACGAGGAGAACGAAAUCCUUUCAAGGAUGCGUCCUGGGUCGAAGAAGCCUGGAAACUCUCCGAUCUACUACAUACGGCUUCCACCUACCCCUUAUAUCUACAUCCCCGGGGUCGGCUACGUCUCCAACCCUCCAACUCUUCAACCACCCCCGGUAGUCCAGAGGAGGCCUGACUCACAAUUCCUCAACGUGCCUGUCAGAUUCGUCUCCAACGGGAAGCCAACUGGAGUGUACACACUGGAGAACGACCUGGGCUACAGUCAGUCAUCGUCCCCACCUAAGGAUUCUCCUAUCACUACUUUAGACAAAGGUCCUUACGUCUUCAACGGAAGACCUACUGAUAUCUACUUGCUGAGGGAUGCUUACAAUUCACUCUACGCUGAUGCCCUGACAAAUUUCUAUCCUUGAUUUCAAGAAUUUUGAGGACUUUUGUGGUGAGAUAAAAAUCUUUGUCACACUU